AUGUGUAAAGAUGACCCUCUUUUAGGUGUCGAGCUCGUUAGAUCACUAAACAUGCAUUAUAACAAUACAACUAUCGAGGAUUGUGAUUUCUUUAGUCAUUCACCUGGUGAUUUCACAUUCACUAGUUCCAGGAAGAUAUCUAGUUUGCGACUAGACAAACAAACACUCGAACUAGCUGCAAGAAAGAGAUUACUUUACAAUGAAAUCAUAGAAAGGUAUAGACCCGAGUUGUUUGUAUUUAAAGAGGAUUGUUUCCCUCCAGCCUAUGUCUCUACCUUUUUCCUAGACCUCAGGCUCAACUACAUCUAUAUUUUAGAGUUUAUGGAACUCUUGAAAUAUUAUCCAAAAACCAUUAGAAAACUUGCCAAUCGUGCACUUGUCUCCAAAAGAAAGAUCUAUGUGCAACUUGGUAACCGUGGAAAGUGGAAGGCAUUACAUCAAUACAUUCAGUCGAUAGAUUGCCUCAAGAAACGAUUGGAUACUAUUGAGCAAUGUUUGGUACGGUUUGAAUUCUAUUUUAUAGCCAUACAUGACUCAGAUCUUGACCCCCUAUGUAUGUUUUAUCGGGUAUUGUAUUUACAGUACAUUAAAGAUCUGGUUCUACAUUUUGAUAAACAACAACAACAACAACAACAACAACAACAACAACAACAACAACAACAACAACAACAACAACAACAACAACAACAACAACAACAACAACAACAACAAUGUGACAACUAUAAUUACAAUAUUAUAAAGAGCAAGUUAGAAGAAUGUAGAUCAAACAUACCGCCACUCAUUAUAGAUUUAGAUUCACCAUCAAAAUCACGAUUUAGUCGUGAUUUUCAAAGAAAGGAGAUCAAUUUUAGAAAAAAAAAGUUACACGAUAUUGGCAUACUCUAUAUGGAUUUGUUUAGGUUUCUAUUGGAUAAAAAGCAAUACAGAGUGUUGGAUUUGGUCAUCGUCCAAGAUCCAAACGCUUUAAUUGCCAUUCAACACUCUACCCAGACUAUAUAUAAAAAAAUAACGAGAUCUACUCUUUCAUCAUUUCAUAUAUUACAGUAUUUUAAAAAUGUUUUAAAUAAUAAUCAAAAUAAUCUAAAUAAUAAUAAUAAUCAAAAUCCAAAUCAACAACAACAUCAAAAAGACAAGAUGGAACAAAUAUUUGAAUUACCAUUAUUAACUAAAAAUACAAUUAAUAAUAUAUCUUUACAUUUUGAUCAAUUCUAA